AUGUCUGGAAAGCGCGUGUUUUCAGUGCUUCUGCUUCUGAUUCCACUAACAUCCGGCGCUGGUUUGAUGAAGUAUUCCACCUGUGCUACGAUACAGUACCAACUUUCUCUCAUCGGUGAUUCGAUACGGCAUGAGGCACGCAAUUUUCAAUCGGCUCCAUUCUAUGCGGGAGAAACGGUUGACGUACGAUUAAGACUGCUGCUUGAUGCGUACCACAACCGAAUCGCCCAGUACCAGCAGUAUGGAAACCAGAUGUCAACGUUUGUGCAAGGCAAGCUGAAGCAGUUCAACCUACCGGUCGAUGGUUUGGAGAACAAUAUAUCGUUGAUAGAGAAAAUCUUUAGCACCGUGGAAGAUCGGAACGCUUUCCAGCGACUGCAAGUGACCGAGCAGAAGCAAUCGAAUCAGAAUGUAACUGCCGAAAUAGCGGAAAAUCAAAAACUGCUUGAGACGCUGAAGCUACAAUCGCAACAGUUACAAUUGCAGCUGGCAGGAUUGAACGAAACACUUGCGCUGGUGGAAACGGAAAAUAAGAAGCUACAGGCCACGAUUAACGAUAAUGCUCCUCAUGUACGGGGUUAG